AAUACCCAAAGCCCUCUCCUCGGUUUUGGUCUUCAAAAGCACCUCCCUUUCUCCCCUCCUCUUCCCAUCUCACAGAGCUUCAACAAAGCUUUUCCUGGCAUCUAGAUUCUUUUUGGGAUCUACAUCCGCAUGAUACCUUGAGCGGCUGAGUCGUCUCUGUUUCCCCGUGAAACAAAACAUCACGACCGCAAAACUUCCUAUAUCCCAACAACACCUAGCGUAGAUCGGCAACCCUCGCCGCGGUUCUUCGCAAUCAUGGGUUUGGGUAAACUGUCCGUCCGCAUCAAUGGCGCUGAGUGCGGUGCCGAGGCCCUCAUGCUCGGUGCCAUCACCAGCAUAGGAGGCUUCCUCUUCGGCUACGACACGGGUCAGAUCUCGGGCAUGCUUCUCUUCUCCGACUUCAAGAAACGCUUCGCCACCGGCAGCCUUGGCCCCGACGGUCUCCCGCAAUGGGUGCCCACCACCCAGUCGCUCAUGGUCUCGCUCAUGAGCAUCGGCACCCUCAUCGGCGCCCUUUCCGGCGCCUACACGGCCGACUGGUGGGGCAGACGCCGGAGUUUGAGCUUCGGUGUCGCCAUCUUCAUCAUCGGUAACAUCAUCCAGAUCUCGGCCAUGAACUCGUGGGUGCACAUGAUGGUUGGUCGCUUCAUCGCCGGUCUGGGCGUCGGUAACCUGUCCAUCGGUGUCCCCAUGUUCCAGUCCGAGUGCUCCCCGCGCGAGAUCCGUGGCGCCGUCGUCGCCUCGUACCAGCUGCUCAUCACCUUCGGUAUCCUCAUCUCCAACCUCAUCAACUUCGGCGUCCGCAACUUCCAAGACUCGGACGCCUCGUGGCGCAUCGUUAUCGGCCUCGGCAUCGGCUUCUCCCUGCCUCUGGGUCUGGGCAUCCUCUUCGUCCCCGAGUCUCCCCGCUGGCUGGCCGGUCGCCAGGACUGGGAGGGCUCGCGCAUGGCCUUGGCUCGUCUCCGUGGCCUGAAGGACGACCCCCACUGCGACCUCGUCGAGAAGGAUCUCCAGGAAAUGUUCAAGGUUAUCGAGGAGGAAUCCAAGACCGGCUACGGCACCUGGGCCGAGUGCUUCACCGGAUCGUCCGGCAUCCCCAAGACCGUCUACAGGACUCUGCUCGGAAUCAGCCUGCAUUUCAUCCAGCAGUGGACUGGUGUCAACUUCUUCUUCUACUACGGAGCGACCAUCUUCGAGUCGGCUGGCAUCGAGGACCCCAUCAUGAUGCAGCUGAUUCUCGGAGCCGUCAACGUCUUCUGCACUUUCUUCGGCCUCUACGCCGUGGAGAAGUACGGCAGACGCUGGCCCUUGUUCAUCGGUGCCGUCUGGCAGACCGCCUGGCUCACCGUCUUUGCCGCCGUCGGUGUGGCCAUGCCCCCGGAAACCAACUCGACUACCGGCAUUGUCAUGAUUGUCUCGGCCUGCAUGUUUAUUGCCUCCUUCGCCAGCACCUGGGGACCCAUGUGUUGGUGUGUCAUUGGCGAGACGUUUCCUCUCCGCACCAGAGCGAAGCAGGCAUCCCUCGCCACGGCCGGAAACUGGCUCGGAAACUUCCUCAUUGCCUUCCUCACGCCCUACGCCACCGCCGGCAUUGGCUACUCGUACGGCUUCGUCUUCGCCGCCUGCAACUUGGCCGGCGCGGUUCUCGUCUGGUUCUUCCUUUACGAGACGAAGAUGCUUUCUCUCGAGAACGUCGACCGCAUGUACAGCGACCCCAGCGUCAAGCCUUACUCCUCCAGCAAGUGGGUGCCGCCUGGCUACAUCACCCGCAAGCAGAAGGACGACUCUGCCUUCCAGCGCGCCUCAGUGCACAGCGAGAACACUGCCGUCGGCGGCGACCAGCACAAGGAGAAGACGAGCGAUGACGAGAGGCCCUUCUCGGAACACCACACCAAGCAAGAGCCCUUGGCCAACAAUGUUUAGAGAGGGAAAAUGUACAGUAAAACAAUUAGGGGGAAAUAACUGAAAAGCAUGGAUAUUUGCUUACAAAUAGCGAGCGUUUGGCGCUUGAACGCCUGGUCAAGGCGUUAGAAAUGUAUUUUUAUGGUCACAUCAUGAAUGAUUCCAAUGGACACAUCAUAACCUGAUGUUCCCUUCAACGGGCAUGUACUGCACUUUCAGUUCACGUAUGCAAUCCUAACACGAGCAUAUGCAAGAUGAAAAACUAGUGACAAUCCAAAGAAAGCUCUUGCACUUCUGAGCCGUCCCAAUAUGCGAAUAUGUUGUUUCUAUAUCUUUGUAUAAUAUAUUUC